CCUGAACCUACACUGCAACCCUCGGGAUCGUCUGUCCACGGCCUUCCUUAUCCCCUCGACCCCAGCCCGGACCGGCAAGUAGGCUAGUACUUCCAGCUCUCCUCCAUCAGCGACCGACCGAUCUCCCAUCCCACCUUUCCUCUCGGAUUGGAUUUGCGCCUCCUCACCUCCGGCCCGCGCACCCGUCACACUCACCCCCGAUUACCUCCAACGCACCCACUCACACACCCACCGGUCACCACCCCCAACCCAUCCCAAAAUGAAGCCCGUCGUAUCCGUCCUAAACGCUUGGUCCUGCGUGGUCAUCUCCCUCUUCGCCAUCGUCAUUCUCUCCGUCCUGGGCUCGCUAUACAAGAGCGAACAUCCCUCCUUCACCGGCUCCGAAGGCGAACCUGAAGAUGGCGCCGCUGUCGCGGGAUCGAUUUUCACGGCUGUGCUGGUGUAUCUUGCUUUCUUCGUCUUCUGUGGAUUCCAGGCUUAUCUUCAUAUGAGGAGUCGAAGGGGUGGAGCUAUAUCGUUGAGCUAGAUCACACCUUACCAUGCUUUGUUCGGGACUGAAAUUCGUCGGAUUGGAUUGGAUUGAUUGCUGUUAUUUGCGGAUGUGGUGUGGGUUGCUACGAUAGAGAUGUGAGGGUUUGAUUGAUGGCGGUGGAUGGGUCUGGGAUGGAAUACUUCCACUUCCUAUUCCUAUGUGUUCUGUUCUAUUCUGAGCAGGAGAUGAUGCGAUUGAGAUUGAGAUUGAGAUAAGAUGAGAGAUGCUGUCUGCGUGUGCUGUGCAACGUAGGAUCAUUCUCUCGCCGUGGUGCUGGGAUUGAAUGAAUGGAAUUUAUUCGCCCUAUUACUAGCUUUCAGUUUAUUUUGGAUUAAUAUCUUGUAUCGCUUAAGUGUAUUAGCGUACACGGUUGAGUUGCGGGUUGUAUAUAG